CGGUUGAAAGAAGUGGAGGCCGUGUCCGCAGAGAAGAUGAUCGCAGACGACUACCAUCAUACCGAGACCCAUCUACGCCAGACAUCAUAUCAAUGUAUGGAUCGGGAAGUCAGAGGUCUGGAUCUAGCUUUCGUCCUGUCAUGCUCGACGAAAUGGGCCCAAGAUCCUAUUCCAUGACAAGCAGCUACGGCGCGCGACAUUACCAUCAAACACAUUCCCAUUCUAGUGGUUAUGCUCAUGGAUCUUCUCCAUCUUACCUGCAACGACCGCGCUCACCCUUUCCAUAUCCCACCAGGCUCAAGCGGCCGGGUGUUCGUCCUUCCUCUCCGGCUUUAACAGAGAAUGGAAAUGUUGAUUAUACUCGGAUGAUUGGGAUCGACCAUGUUUCAUAUAGAACCGACUAUCAUAGAUCAUAUAGACAGCCGCCGAUAUAUCGUCAAAGCAGUCGUCGGAGACCACCGCUGUCCCUCAGGUCAGAUGUCAACCGCCCCACGCGCUCACAUCCCAGCCAACGCUCCUAUCGAUCUCAAAGAACAUCAUCUUCUGGAGCAGGGCUUCACGAGCAUUACGCUCAUGGCCGACUGCUGAACCCAUGGGGGCAUCAGCCAAGUGAGAUCAGUGAUUACGACUCCACGGAUAUGAAUGCUAGGAACUCAAGCUUUGGAUCAAUCAUCGACAAGUACCGGUAUUCUUCGCCUAUAGAUACAGGCUCACAGAAUCUCCAUGUGCCCUCAGGACCGUUCUAUUAUGACUAUUCCGAAGACUUCGACUAUCCCAGACAGGAGACCAACUAUCGAUCGCGCAGUCCCUUGGUGCCAAUUUCAGCUCAAACCACAACCGCGCAUCGCGCCCUCGGCCAUGGUGAUGACUGCGUCAGAUACCCCAAACGUCGAUUUGCUACACAUCUGAGCGACUCAUCGACCCCAAACGCAGAUGAAGAUGCAGGAAAAAACUGGGUUCGGUGCAAUGAUCAACUUAUAGAACCUCAUAUUCCUGUACCUCCUUCCACACCUCUUGGAAUGCAAGCGGCUGCGCAACCACAGGUUGACGCUGGGUCGGUCAUCGAACUGCUAGGACCCCAGGCAGGUCGUGACAGGAGCCGGAUUCCACCAGUGAUACCAUUCGAGACGGAUCCAGCCAACCUCACAACAACCACCCAGCCAGAAAGGAGAGAGGUCUGGUGCCCCCAAGCAACGUUCUCGGAUGGAAAUAAACAGGAGAAUUUCAAGACUGAAAGACAAAGGGCCACGUAUGCCGGAUCCAUCUCGUCUGUCCAGUAUGCACAAUCGAGUGGAGAAGUACGCCGCCCGUUGAACGCCACAGAGGGCUUCAUUGUCGGCGACACAGUGGAGAUACCGCUUGUUCACUCUGCAGAUUCUUCAGUUGAGCAAACAGCAGCCUCAAGCCCUGGUGCCAAUUCAACUGAUCUGGGUUCUAUUAACAACGAGCUCCAAGGCCAAGAAUUGCACUGUGAAUGGGCACCGAUAGGCAUGGCUGACAAGCGGGCAAAGACUCACAGCCUCACCUACCUUGAUGAGUCCAACAAAGGUCGGAUGACAAUGAAGCAGGGCAGAUUUUGGCGUUCCCCUUCAUCAAACAAUCUGAUCGAGAAGUCCCGGAGUAUUCAGUCCGUUCACUCACUCAUCAAUGGGUUCCAAGGAACCUCUUGUGGGGAGCAUGAUCCUCAAGCCUUGAUGCGUCGCCAUAGGAGGAACCAGGCUAUGCUGAGAAUUAGCCAAAGCAGUGGGCGAAACAUACCAGCAAGUGAUUCCCCAUCUCGGAUCGGGACGCCAAUUUUGGCGCCCAAGCCAAUUUCUCCAGCAAAGGAGCUCCGGGUCAGGAACAGCAUACCUCAGCUUAUGAAAGCGUUGCCUGCACUUCCUGGAGAUAGUCCUUCUGUAUCUUCAAGCCCGGACUCGCUGAGCGAAGACUCGGAUCAUGAAAAGAGAUCUGAUCGGAUAAAUCCAAUCAUUGUGUCAACCGUGGGAGGCAAUAGCAGGUGCUUAACCCAUUCAACUAACCCAGAGGUGCAUAGUUCUGAAGCCACGGAUAGUGCCGAGGAGCAGUCGAGUGCUUCGGAUGUCGGAUUGCACCUGAUCAGCCCAGCGUCGAGGUUCUCCGGCGACCAAUCCUGGUUACCGCCGUCAGAAUCCCCGUUUGCGCCCAAAACGGAUGGAAUUGUAGUACAGUCAGGAGACACCCAGAGGCCAAAUGCCCAAAUACCAUACUUGAGAUUUCGGAGUGCCACCCCGAUGGGCACGAGGUUCAAGACGUCCUCGUUCAAGAUGCCACUGUUCGGCAAGAGACCGGCCGUCUUGACAACGGGGACUUUGAUGAAACGGCAUCUCUGCCGGCUGCGAGCCCGCCGCUGUAUCAAGCAGAUUUAG